CAUCCUUCUUCAUCAGCAGCGGUUGUUGCAGCCGCAUCAGUACCACUUGUUCGACGCCUCUGGCGGGUCGGAUGGAGUCGCUGUUUGUGCAAUUUAAUUAAACGCAUGGAGCGACAUUUCGUGCGCGACCAGACAUUCACAUUGCUGUCACUGAGAGGAGGUUUGCGACGCGUGUAAAGACGAAGGCGUUUUUUCAUUCAAGUGAAUCAUUUGGUGGACAUUGUAGGCUUUCAUCGUGGCCAAGGAGACGAGGUUAUGAGACAUUGACUAUUUCUGUCUUACCUCUAACCAGUUUUGAUGGAGAGUUCUCAGCAUGACCAGAAUAGAGAGGCAAAAUUGGAUCUUCCCACUAUUUUGUGCACGCAGCCUUAUCCAGAAAGCUGCGUGCAUGUUCAGGAGCAGUGUGAAAUCGAAAGCGGUAUUGAAAAUGUCGACGUCUCUGACUUCUUGGACACUGUUUGGCAAAACCGGGAGGAAAAAUUUGAAGACUAUGGUGAAGGGAAGGACGCAGAUUACUCUCCAAGCAGCCCAGUCCAUGAAAAUGAAUCCCAAGCUAAAUGCUUCUCAAAUUUGGGAUCCUCUCGUCCAUCGAGUGGAGGACACGCAACUCAGAAAAUGCGGCAACUGUAUUCCAGUGAACUGCUGGAUAUCAACUGUUCACAGUGCUGCAAGAAAGUGAAUCUGCUCAACGACUUGAAUGCUCGCCUUCAAAACAUCAAGGCAAGCAGCCCCAGCAGAAGUAUAUCCAGCACAGCAUUUGGACACCAGCUGUUCCAGGUCAAUCACAAUGUGCUUGAUUCCAGUCAGGGUAGCAGCACGGAGGAUUUGUUCACAGAAAGUAUUGACUGUGAUCUCAACAUUACAGAGAAGGUGAGUUAUCUUGAGAAGAAGGUGACUGAGCUGGAGAGCGACAGUCUGGCCAAUGGGCAGCUGAAGUCGAAACUCAAACAGGAAAAUACACAACUUGUCCAUCGUGUGCAUGAACUAGAAGAGCAGAUGAAGGAUGUCGAGACAAAGGCAGAUCAGAGUCUGGAGGAAGAGACGAAGAGGCACGGCGAAGUUUAUUGCAAGAUGGAGAGGGAAAGAAACACAGAGAUAAACUUUCUGUGUAACAGGAUACAGCAGCUGGAAGAAGAGAAUGGAGAAAUGAAGACAAAUGUGUCCAGACAUAAGUCGCAGGCAGAGAAACUGGACCAGGAGAAGCAGAGGAUGAUGGACAAGCUGGAGGACACAAGCCUGAGGCUAAAAGACGAGAUGGACCUCUAUCGGAAAAUAAUUGACAAACUUUGGCAUAAUCGGCGUGAGUUUCAUAAGGAAAAGGAGGCCAUGCAAGAGCUGAUCGAUGAUCUUCGCAGAGAACUGGACUACUUGCAGCUGUUUAGGAUGGAAAUGGAGCAUCCGGGAAAACACAAGGGCCUCUCUGAGCACAAUACGAAGCCUCGGGAGAUGGAAAUGGAACAGGAAGUCAAGAAAUUGAAACAGGAGAACCAUAAAUUGCGAGAUCAGAACGAUGACUUGAAUGCUCAGAUUCUAAGUCUGAGUUUGUAUGAGGAGAAGAGCCUGUUUUCGUGCCAUUCAAAGGUCCAGUGUCUGGCUGCUGAGAUUGACAAUGCUUCACGGGAUGAGUUGGUCGACGCUUUGAAAGCACAGGAGGAGAACAACCUGCGUUUGAGGAAAUACAUGGACAAAAUAAUUUUGGCCAUUCUUGACCAUAACCCCUCAAUCCUGGAGAUCAAAUGUUAACAGAACUCUAGAACGCCUCUAUAUCCGACUAUAUCGAUUAAACAGGAGCAGGAUGUGUUCACGAAACACGAGGGUAAAUUAUUUUACUGUAAUGUGAUUUGUGCAAAAAAAAAAAAAAAAAAAAAGAUUUCAUUCAGUCUCU